AUGAAUAAUACAUCGACAAAUUUCAGCGAUAAUUAUGAAGUUAAAGAGGAGCUUGGAAAAGGUGCAUUUUCGGUUGUGAGGCGAUGUGUGCAGAAACGAACUGGCAUGGAAUUUGCUGCAAAAAUUAUUAAUACGAAGAAACUCUCAGCACGAGAUUUUCAAAAACUAGAAAGAGAAGCUCGAAUAUGUCGCAAACUGCAGCAUCCAAAUAUUGUUCGUCUUCACGACAGCAUUCAGGAAGAAGCUUUUCAUUACCUUGUCUUUGAUUUAGUGACCGGUGGUGAAUUAUUUGAAGACAUUGUUGCCAGAGAAUUUUACAGUGAAGCUGAUGCAAGUCAUUGCAUACAACAAAUCCUUGAAUCAAUCGCUUAUUGUCACUUGAAUAAUGUGGUACACAGAGAUCUCAAGCCAGAAAAUCUCUUAUUGGCGAGUAAAGCAAAAGGUGCAGCUGUAAAAUUAGCGGAUUUUGGUCUAGCAAUUGAAGUACAAGGAGACACAGAAGCAUGGUUUGGAUUUGCAGGCACACCGGGAUAUCUUUCACCUGAAGUUUUGAAGAAGGAUCCGUAUGGUAAACCUGUUGACAUUUGGGCAUGUGGAGUUAUCCUUUAUAUUCUCCUCGUUGGCUAUCCACCAUUUUGGGACGAGGAUCAGCAUCGUUUAUAUGCUCAAAUAAAAGCAGGUGCUUAUGAUUAUCCAAGCCCUGAAUGGGAUACAGUUACUCCCGAAGCUAAAAAUCUGAUUGACAGCAUGUUAACGGUUAAUCCAAAAAAGCGCAUAACAGCAGAACAAGCAUUGAAAGUUCCGUGGAUUUGCAAUCGUGAGCGUGUUGCAUCGGUGAUGCAUCGUCAGGAUACAGUCGAUUGUUUGAAGAAGUUUAACGCUAGGCGGAAAUUAAAGGUAUUUUUAGAGAAAAAUUAG